AUGUUUCUGGACGCCCCGACACCCAGCGACAGGUGCAUCUAUGCCGGCCACUUGGAAACCUCAAUCAAACCCUUGACUCAACGCACGCAGAGUCCUCGCCUGACAGACCAUGCGCCAAACUCAGUAAUAGUAUGUAUGCACGGCUACUGGCCCCUGGCUCCAGGCUACCUACCAGCCUACCAGGCCGCAGCCGGAUCCAGCACCGUGCAUUAUUGUACUCCCGCACUGCUAAAGCCGUGGUGGUGGCCUGCGUGCGGCCACGGCUCAAGGCUCAAGGCUCAAGGCUCAAGGCUCAAGGCUCAAGUCGUCGACGCCCCCAGCCAUUUGCCAAGUCUCCACUCCAUGUCGCGUUUGCACCCAGACAGACACAAGCCAAAGGUUGGCUGGCUGCUUACGUCCGUACAUGUACUCCGUACUCCGUACUCUACGCUUUUAUGCCUCCAACCUAACGAGCAAAACUAA